AUGAAAGCCACUCAGUUCAAAUUUGGAGGAGCCUACUCCACUGUUGAGAUUCCUAAACCAACCCCAGCCAAUGAUGAAGUCCUGGUCAAGGUCAUUUAUUCUGCCCUGGAUACUGCCCAUGAUGCCUGCAUCAACAAGGAGAUGAUGGGCUACUUUACGCAUGCCCUGAAGGAACCCCUUUAUCUUGGAUAUCACUACUCUGGCAUCAUUGAAGCCACAGGUUCUGAUGUGAAUGAUAUUGCCAAGGGCGCGGAAGUCUUUGGUCAUUUGCAAUAUGAACCUUCUCAGGUCCAGGGAUCUCUUGCGGAAUACAUCACUGUGAAGCGCUCUGAUUGUGCCAUCAAGCCUUCCAAUGUUCCCCAUGCCACUGCGGCUGCUUCCACAACAGAAGCAAUCACAGCCUUGCAAGCCAUUCGCGAUUUUGGUGGAUUUCAAAAGGGCCAACGAGUACUCAUCAAUGGUGCUGGUGGUGGCGUUGGAAGUGCUGCUGUUCAGAUUGCCAAGGCAUUGGGAGCCAGUCACAUUACUGCCAUUUGUGGUACCAAAGAUGUGGCUCAAGUCCGUAGCUGGGGUGCGGACCGUGUAUUGGACCGUACCACUUCUCCCAACUAUGUCAAGAAUCUUGUAGAGGAGGAAGCACAGUACGACGUUAUUUUGGAUGCCCCCAACAUGCUCCCCCCUGGUGGCACCCGUCUCCUGGCACCCAAGGGAACGAUUGUGAAUACAAUUCCAACCCUCACCUUUCUGUGGAACAAGAUCAAGUUCUUGUUCCGUUCCAAGAAUGCUGGGUUUGUAGAAUGCCAUAGCAAGGAGGAAGACCUGGCAUUGAUUGGAAAAUGGUUGGAUGAAGGAGACUUGACCAUUCCAAUUGACUCUACCUUUCCUAUCAAGGAGAUGGAUGCAGCCAUGAAGAAGCAAGCUGGAAAGAAGAAGGGAAGAGUUGUUAUCAAGGUUGCUGAUGGAUGGAAAUAA